AUGGAAUCAAGUAAUCUUCCAAGUGACAUGGCAGAUUGGGUCAUGUCUGAUCUCAGUGUUGCAAAUUCUGAAGAUCGACUCUUCCUCCGGGAAUCUUUAGAAACUGUAGCCAGUUCCUUGUCACUUGCCGAAAAUAGCAUCUGUAUAGAAGAGCCUGGCAGUGAGCGUCAGGAAGAUCUAUGGAACAAGAACAGUUUGGAGACUUGUAAUGAGGAAAAUAUGGAACAAUCACAAUAUAACAGCCAAGAAAUAGAAUUCAAAAACCUGCUGAUAUCCGAUGAGAUAAGGAACCAAAUCAAUGAAAAGAAUGAGGCGGCUUUGGAAGCCCUAGCUAAAGCUGAACUUCAAAAAGCUAUUGAUUUGUUCUCUGAAGCCAUUGAGUUGAACCGAGACAUUUCCACUUCUUACAUUAACCGUGCCAAUGUCUAUAUGCAAUUGCAAAAACCAUAUGCUGCCAUUAAAGACUGCAACAUGGCCAUUGAACUGAAUCCCAAAUCAGCAGAGCCAUUAAAAUUGAGAGGAAAAGCAUUCAAGGAAUUAGGGUGUUUGAAAAAAGCAGCCUGUGACUUUGCUUUAGCUUCUAAAUUAGAGUAUGACAAAGAGGCCAAUGUAGUACUAAAGGAACUAAAAUUAGGAUUUCAAAGGAUUUCUGAGAGGCAAGCAAAGUGCAUCCUUACAUAUAAGGAAUCUGAGAUACUGGAGAAGAUUAAGAAAGCACAGACAAAUUUAGAGAAUCAAAAACAAGAGCAGAGAGAGAAAGGCACUAGCACACAACUGGAGAACGAAAUAGCAAGGAACAAAGAAGAGAAGAUGAAGCUAGACCAUACUGAAGAUUCCCAAGAGAUGAUAGAUGAAAAUGUGGAGAGAGUUGAGAAGUGGAAGCAGGCCAGUGAAAACAAGAAAGCAGCUUUGGAUGCAGUAGAGAAAGGUGAAUUUCAAAGAGCAAUUGAGCUGCUCACCAAGGCUAUCACAUUGACCCCCCAUCUUAUUAACUUGUAUGUUUGCCGAGCCAGUACCUUCCUGAAACUUCAUAUGCCAACUGCUGCCAUAAAGGACUGCAACCAUGCCAUAAAAAUAAACCCCAAUAUGGCCUUGCCAUACAAGUGCCGUGGGGAGGCAUUUUGUAUGCUAGGUUGUUGGCAGGAGGCUGCUAAAGAUUUUGCUUUGUCCUGUCAGCUGGAGUAUGAUGAAGAUACUUAUGCCAUGCUGAAGGAAAUACAAACAGAAGCCCAGAAAAUAAUUAAAUGGUGGGAAAAGCCCGAGGAAAGCAGGAACCAGAGAGAAUGUAAAGAGCCGAUAAGCAGGAUGAAAGAAGCUCCUGCAGAGAAAAUGCAAGCAAAGAGCCCCCAAGAUAAAUCGGUUAUUUGUGAGCCUUGUUCCCAAGAACAGGAGACAAGAACAUUUCACAUUUCUGAGGAAAAGACAAUUCUGCAUAGUAAUUCCUCGAACCCUAAAAUAUUUCCUCUUUAUUGUCUAGAGGAUCAAAGUAAAGCUUAUCCUAUGCAUGCAGUACAAGAACAUAGUCAAUUUAUGGAUCAUGAAAAACAAGGACAAUUUGAACUGCUGGAAAGAAGGACUCAGGAGGGAGCGAUGAGGAAACAAAAAUGUAAAGCUGAAGCAGAAAGUGAGGACAGUGAAUUGGAAAUUGAUACUGAAGAGGUUAUUGAGCCAGAUGAAGAUCUUCCUCAGGAGAUGGGAGAUGAAAGCUUGAAAGUAACAGAUGAAAUGCGAAAACUAGCCAAUGAAAAGAAAAGAGAAGCUUUUGAUGCAGUCAAUAAAGGAGAACUUUUUAAAGCUUUAGACUUGUUCACAGAAGCCAUUAAGCUCAAUCCACAUCUUACUAUCCUAUAUGCAAACCGAGCCAGGGUCUAUUUGAAGCUACAAAAGCCAACCGCUGCAAUUAGGGACUGUGAUAAAGCCAUCCAAAUAAAUCCUGACUCAGCCCAGCCCUACAAGUGGCGAGGAAAAGCACUACAAAUACUUGGCUACUGGCAGAAGGCAGCUAAAGACCUUGCCUUGGCCUGCCAAUUAGAUUACGAUGAAGAAUCCUAUGCUUUGUUAAAGGAGGUACAACCAAAGGCCCAGAAAACUGCCAGAUUCAGGAGGAAGCCGGAGCAGAAAGUUGAAGAGAAGAAGGGUAAGACUCUAUUGAGAGGACUCCCAAAAACCUGUAAGAAGCGGGAACGAUCUCAAACUACCCCAGUAGAACUAGAAGGAAAUGACAAGGAGACCAUGGAGGAAUGGAGAGAGAUUUGGGGAAAAAGCACUGAGGAACAGCAGAGAGUAAGACCAAUAGUUCUGACAGAACAGAAGGGUAUGGCCCGAGAUGACACAGAGUCAUUUUUUCAGGGAAGAAUAAGGAAGCCAGGUAAAUAUUUUGAGAAGGAGGAAGACAAAGAAGAAAAGUUCCAAGAGACUUUACUGAACUUUAAGGAGAAGGAAAUGAAGCACCAAGCAGCAGUCCAUCCAAAUGAUUUGGAGGAACAACUGAGAGCUCUUCAGCAAGAAUUGGAUGAAAAGCUUAGAAGUUAUCAAGAAGAAAUUGAUGAAGAAGAAAACACUUUGCAGAGAUUAUUAGAUGAGCAGGAAAAAUCACAGCAAAAGGCACUCUGCGAGCAAGAACAGGCUUUUAAAAUAAUCCUGGAAGAACAAGAGAAAAUACAGAAGGCAGCUCUGAAGGAACUGGCCAAGUCUCAACAAGAGGCUUUAGAGGAGCUUGCAGAAGCCACAAAGAAAGCCCUGGAGGAACAGGAGAGGGUGCAGCAGCAAGCUCUUGAAGAGCAGGAAAGGGCUCAGGAGGCCCUGGAAAGAGCUCACAAACAGACUCUGGAGGAACAGAGGAGGGUUCAGAUGGCUGCCAUAGAAGAACAAGAAAAACUAUGGAAAAAAACUGAAGAAGAAAAGAAGAUGGCUGAAGCUGCUCUGGAAGACGUUUUCAAAACUCAAAGAAAGAUCCAAGAAGAACAGCAAAAGGCUGAGAAAAUGGCAAUGGAAGAGAGAGAGCAAGCUCAGAAGUCCCUAGAAGAAUUACAAACUGUUCAAAAGAAAGCCCUUGAGGAACAGAAAAAAGCUCAGAAGGCUCUGGAAGCAGUAGAAAUAGCUCAUCAACAGGUUAUGGAGGAACAGAAGAAAGCUCAUCUAGCAGCCAUGGAGGAACAGGAACAAGGGUGGAAGAAAAUGAAAGAAGAAAAGAAGAGGACAGAGACAGUUCUGGAAGAGAUUUUAAGAAUACAACAAAAGUUUCAAAAGGAGCGGGAAAUGGCUGAAGAGAAAGCAAUACAAGAAAAACUGAUAGCUCAGAAGACCCUCAGAGAAUUAGAGAUUGCUCAGAAACAAGCUCUUGAAGAACAAACAAGAGCUCAGAAAGCUUUCGAAGAUGUCGAAAAAGCUCAUAAGCAGGCACUGGAGGAACAGAAGAAAGCUCAGAAGGCUGCCAUUGGAGAAUAUGAACAAGCACGGAAAAAAUCUGAAGAAGAAAAGAAGAUGGCUGAGGCAGCUCUAGAAGAGCUUUUAAGGACACAGCAAAAGUUCCAAAAAGAUCAGGAAAUGGCUGAAGAGAAAGCAAUACAAGAAAGACUGAUAGCUCAGAAGACCCUCAGAGAACUAGAGAUUGCUCAGAAACAAGCUCUUGAAGAACAAGCAAGAGCUCAGAGAGCUCUGGAAGAUGUUGAAAAAGCUCAUAAGCAGGCACUGGAGGAACAGAAGAAAGCUCAGAAGGCUGCCACUGAAGAACAUGAACAAGCACAGAAAAAAUCUGAAGAAGAAAAGAAGAUGGCUGAGGCAGCUUUAGAAAAACUUGCACAAGUUCAGAUACAAAUGCAAGAAGAGCAAAAGCAAGCCAAGAAGAAUGCAAUGGAAGAAAGAGAGAGAGCUCAGAAGGCCCUAGAAGAAUUACAGAUUGCUCAGAAGAAAGCUCUUGAGGAACAAAAUCAAGGUCAGGAGUCUCUGGAAGCAGUAAAAAUAGCUCAUCAACAGGCUAUGGAGGAGCAGAAGAAAGCUCAUCUAGCAGCCAUGGAGGAACAGGAGCAAGGGUGGAAAAAAAUGGAAGAAGAAAAAAAGAGGGUGGAGGCAUCUCUAGAAGAGCUGUUAAGGACACAGCAAAAGUUCCAAAAGGAGCAGGAAAUGGCUGAAGAGAAAGCAAUACAAGAAAAACUGAUAGCUCAGAAGACCCUCAGAGAACUAGAGAUUGCUCAGAAACAAGCUCUUAAAGAACAAUCAAGAGCUCAGAGAGCUCUGGAAGAUGUCAAAAAAGCUCAUAAGCAGGCACUGGAGGAACAGAAGAAAGCUCAGAAGGCUGCCAUUGAAGAACAUGGACAAGCACGGAAAAAAUCUGAAGAAGAAAAGAAGAUGGCUGAGGCAGCUUUAGAAAAACUUGCACAAGUUCAGAUACAAAUGCAAGAAGAGCAAAAGCAGGUCAAGAAGAAUGCAAUGGAAGAAAGAGAGAGAGCUCAGAAGGCCCUAGAAGAAUUAGAGAUUGCUCAGAAGAAGGCCCUGGAGGAGCAGGUAAGAGCUCAGAAUGCUCUGGAAGCUGUAGAAAGAGCUCAUAAGCAGGCUCUAGAGGAACAAAAAAAAGCCCUAGAAGAAUUGCAGAUUGAACAGAAGAAAGCCAUAGAGGAACAGACAAAAGCUCAGAAAGCUCUGGAAGCAGUUGAAAAAGCUCAAAAACAGGCCCUGGAAGAUCAGAUGAAAGCUAAAAUGGCAUCCACUGAAGAACAGGAACGAGCAUGGAAGAAAUCCCAAGAAGAAAAGAAGAUGGCUGAAACUGCUUUGGAAAAUGUUUUAAGAGCUCAGAGAAAAUUUCAAGAAGAACAGGAAAAUGCUGAAAAAAGAAUCAUGGAAGAAAAAGAAAGUAUACAGAAGGCUCUGAAAGAAUUAGCAACUGCUCAAAAGAAAGCCCUGGAGGAACAGGAAAGAACCCAGAGAGCUCUAGACGCUGUAGAAAGAUCUCGUAAAAUGGCCCUAGAAGAUCAAAAAAGCGCUCAGAUAGCAGCGAUGGAGGAACAAGAAAAAACAAGGAAAAAAAUUCAGGAAGAGAAGAAGAUGGCUGAAGUAACCUUGGAUGAACUUUUAAAAACUCAGAGGAAGUUCCAAGAAGAGAAGAAAAUGGCUGAGAAAAAAACCAUGGAAGAAGGAGAAAGAACUCAGAUUGCCCUAGCAGAAUUAAAGGUUGUUCAGAAGAAAGCCCAGGAGGAACAGAAAAGGGCUCAGAAAGCCCUGGAGGCUGCAGAAAAAGCCCAUCAAUGUGCCCUGAAUGAACAGAAGAAAGCUCAGAUAGCUAUUCAAGAACAAGAGCAAGCGUGGAAAAAAUCUCAAGAAGAAAAGGAAAUGGCUGAGGCAAGACUACAAGAGCUCUUAAGGACCCAAAAAACUCUCCAAGGGGAACAGGAGAAGGCUGAGAAGAAAGCCGUAGAAGAAAGAGAGACACUUCAGAGAAACAUUAAAAAAUUAGAAGAGGCCCAGAAGAAGGCUCUGGAAGAACAGGAGAAGGCCCAGACAUCUCAGCAUGCUCUAGGAAUUGCCCAUAAACAGGUACUAGAGGAACAGAAGAAGGCUCAUUUGGCUGCCAUGAUGGAACAGGAACAAGCACAGAAAAAAUCUCAGGAAGAAAAGAAAAUGGCUGAAGCAGCCCUGGCAGAUCUCCUGAGACAAGUCCAAAAGGAGCAAGAAACAGCUGAGAGAAAGGCAAUAGAAGAAAGGGAGAAAGCCAAGACAAUGCUAAAAGAAUUAGACAUGGCUCAGAAGAAGGCCCUGGAGAACUUGUUGACAGCUAAAAAGGAGGCCCUGGAAGAACAGAAAAGAGCUCAGAACGCUUUGGACGUUCUGGAAAGAACGCAUAAGCAGGCAUUAGAGGAACAGAAAAAUGCUCAAAAGAAAUCUCAGGAAGAAAGAAAGAUGGCUGAGGCUGCUCUGGAAGAAUUAUCAAGAAUUCAGAAAAACAUCCAUGAAGAGCAGCAUUCAGCAGAGAAGAAAGCAACUGAAGACAGAGAGAGAACACAGAAGGCCUUAGAAGAACUAGACAUCACUCAGAAGAAGGCGCUGGAGGAAAAGGAGAAUGCUCAGAAAGCUCUUGAAGUGCUGGAAAGGACUCAUAAACAGGCACUGGAGGAAGAACAAAAAGCACAGAAAAAAUCUCAAGAAGAAAAGCAGUUGGCUAAGGCUGCCCUGGAAGAACUCAGAAAAACUCAGAGAAAGUUUCAAGAAGAGCAAGAAAGGGCUGAAAAGAAAGCCAUGGAAGAAAGAGAAAAAAUGCACCAGUCCCUAGAAGAAUUAGAGAUUGCUCAGAAGAAAGCUCUAGAGGACUUGGCAAUAGCUCAAAAGAUGGCCUUGGAGGAAAACGAAAGAGCACAGCAGAGGGCCUUAGAAGAAAAAAGGGCAAUACAGCUGGCUAUGAAAAAGCUGGAGACAGCCCAUGCUAAAGCCGUAGAGGAGCAGCAGAUAGCACAGAGGCUGGCCUUUGAAGAACAGCAGAGAAGUAAGAAGAUGUUUGCUGAAUUAGAAGAAUCACGAAGAAAAGCCCUGGAAGAGCAAGAAGCAGCAAAAAGGAAAGCCAUAGAUGAACAAGUAAGAGCGCAUCAUGCUAUAAAUGAACUGGCCAAGAUUCAAAGGGAAGUUUUGGAAGAACAAGAGCAAGCUCAGAAUAUGGCCUUAGCAGAGCAGCACAAGGCUGAGAUGAUGAUUAAGGAGCUGGAAGGAAGGCAGAGAGAAGCCCUGAAUGAUCAGCAAAGAACAUGGAUGAAAGCCUUUGACGAUCAAAAAAGAGCUCAUCUGAUGUUAGGGGAAUUUGCAAAGAUUCAAAUGGCAGAACAGGAGAAUGCUCAGAAAAAAGCAGUAGACGGGCAGAAGGAAGCUCAAAGAGCUGAAGAAAAACUGGAGAAAUCACAAAAUCAGAUCUUGGAGAAAAUGGAAAAAAAACAGCGUAAGUAUGCAGCACAAAUUCCAGAAUCUCUUCUUAAGUCUGGGAAUGAAGAGGGCAACGCAGAAUGUGGUAGUGAAUUUGAAGAAGCACAAAAGAAAGACUUGGUCGUAGUUGGUAAAACGUUCUAUGCAGAGCCGGGAAAAAUUCUUAGGGAUUUAGAGAAGAAGGAAUACCAACAAUCCCUUAGGAACAGAGGGUAUGACAAGAAUUCUCGAAGUCCAUUCCCAAAUUCUGUUCUGGACUUUUUCCAAACUGAUUAA